AUGCCGUCCAGGGGUGAUCGAGCAUCUUCUCUUCUCCAACAAAUCGUAGAGUUGACAGAGGCAGAAAGUAGCGGCUCCGAUGUUCUUCUCCGGUGUAAGGCUGAUGGGGACAGAGGAACAGGGGCAGAUCGCCUUUGGUUGGAGAAGAAGCAAGAGGUCAUGCGAGUAAACAGCUCGGGCAAGAGAUCAAGUCAAGUUGGUUCUCUUGCUCGGUUGGACCUUCAGUGGGAGAAAAAUGGAGUAGUUGAUGUUCAUGACUUCGACAUUUCAACUAGCAAGGGUUCGUUUGUCAUGAAGCCACUCAGUUUAGUGAGUAAUCUUCUGCAGGUCUGGAACCAAUGUCGGCCGAGCCAUCGGAGGAGUGUAGGUCAGCAGAUGUCUUCAAAGAGAAACAUGCCCAAUCUGUCGCACAAAGCUGAUCAGAACUCUCUUCUACUUGCAGUUUAG